AUGCAUGUGUUGAAGGGUCCCCAUCUCACAAUCACCAAAAUUGUUGUCUUUGUGAUACUGGUGUAUAGCCAAGCCUCUUACAUUCAACAACCCCAUCCGAAUGCAUCCGUUCAAGGCUGGCAUUUGCCUUGGAAUGUGAUUUCGUUUAGAACAGCCACUUUCUUCUGUGGUGGUAGUAUUUACAGCUAUUACAGUGUCGCUAACGUUGCAGGCGCUUGGGGUGGUCUCCAACGGCGGCCCAAGAACAGGGCACUAAAUAUUGUAUUCGGCGCCAUUCGACUCUUGCUCAUCCGAGCUGUCCUCGAGUUCUGGAGAUUCCACGGCUGCAUGACUGGAAUAUCUUACUUGAAUAUCAUUGAAUUUGGACUGAUCUACAUGUUCUGGAGUGUAUUGGCACUGCAAACCUGCAAGAAUGGCUGUAGAGUGCAGGUUGGGAUUGCUCUAAUGGCACAGUGUCGCCAGCUUUUAUGUGGUGGCCAGCUAUCUCAGCCGACGUGGAGUCAGCAAGAAAUGCUUGCGAAAAUAAGAGGCAAAAGCUAG